GCUUUUAUUUUUCUUUCCAGACGAACACAGUUGAGCACAAAAACAAACUUGAACCAGACGAGCUGUGGGGUCAACACUCGAGCUUAUGUGUUCGUCUGAAGCGGAGGAACUGAGGACGUUUAACUGAAGAGAUUUUUUUUUUUUUUUUUUAAUUUUCCAUUGUUGAAAAAAGGGAAGGGCUCUGCCAAAAAAAAACCCCAAAAAAACAACCAUUUGGAAAUUAAGUUGUGCGUCAGUGAGUGCGCACUUUACGCACAGGGCGCAGCAUGAAACUUUGAGAUGUUGGAUCACCUCGCCUUUAUUGCUGUUCGUGCGUUAGGUUUUAUUUCCUUUGUUGGUGUCAGCUCUUCAGGACUCACUGCGAUCAUGUGUCGUGGCUAAAAACUUUAUAGCGCACUCAAAAACCCUGAGGAGGAAAACCUGAGACAGCAUGGGGGCCAAACAGAGCAACCCUGUAUUUGAUGGUAGAACUCGGGCUUAUUCCAGCUCCGAUCUCCCAUCUGGAAACUCCAGCGGCGGGGAAAGGAUUGCGGGGUUUAGGUACACAAAUGGACCCGAUGGCCCCCGGAUCCGGUACACGGGUGCAGGGCCAACCAGCUCCGGGCUCAGUAUACCGGCCGGCGGCAGGUCAGGGUCUCACGGACUCAAUCAGAGCCUCGAUGGCACGGAUGGUGACGAUGAGGGCCAGCUGCCUCCUGAGGGCCACAGGCUGCUUAUAGGGUCUUUACCGGCUCACCUGUCCCCUCACCUGCUGGGAGGCUUCCACUGUCCUGUCUGCUCCAAGAUUAUGGCGUCGGAUGAAAUAGAGAAGCAUCUGCUCAUGUGUUUCAGCAAAACGCGCCUCACCUACAACAAGGACAUCCUGUCCAGACACUCUGGGGAAUGUGCCAUCUGUUUAGAAGAGCUGGAGCAGGGAGACACGAUUGCCAGACUGCCCUGCCUCUGUAUCUACCAUAAGGGGUGUAUAGACGAGUGGUUCGAGGUGAAUCGCUCGUGUCCGGAGCAUCCUGCCGACUAGGAGCUGCAAGAGUACAGUUUCAAUCAACUGUACAUCACGGCGGUCGACUGCGUGCCCCGAUCUCAUCCCAACACUGUCUGUUCCAGCCGAGCAUCAGCGCUCCUCAGGGAUUGUAAGACAUUAUUGUGUGCAGGAUUUUUCAUAUUGCCUCAUGGAACUGCGAUGGACUUUGGAUAUGUUUCUCUAGACGUCGUGGAUUGCUCAAAGAACCACUGGUGGAGUCAUUUUGUCUCCUGAAAAUAUGUGAAUGUUUCUUAUGCCACCUGCUGGACUAAAGAGGUUUCAUGCAACAUGGGAUGUGAAUUGAACUGUUUUGCUGAACAGGGUGUGGUUGUAUAGCAGAAGACCUGUAUAACCAACAUGGUGGAAGAGUCUCUUUUCAGCAGAGAUUUAGAUUGAUGCCUGUUCAAAGACUUGUUCGGAAAGCUGAAGGCUGAUGUUGUGCAAUGUGAAACAGCCAUACAGAAUUAAAAAAAAUGCCAAUAUCAGCUUUAAGGGAUGAUUACAGUGUUGAUGGUAGUCAGGAAGUAGAUGCUGGAUUUUUUUGCAAAAUUGGCUUUCACUAUCGUUUGUUAAACAAUCAUCUGUCCUAGACCAAAUAGUCUAACAUGAAAUAGUUGGACGUUGUUAAUCAUUUGGCCAUUCAGAACCACAGUGAUGUGAUUGUGUAGUUUAGUGGUGAAAUUAAGGAUAGGUUGAGACAUAUCUAAUGAUGAUUCAUACUCUCUCUAAGGAGUGCCAUAAUAUGCUGCUAUGUCAUAGACUGGAAAGUUUUCCUAUAACCUUUGGACCGUUGUUCAUUGUACUGUGUAUUUGUACUGUAAUGAAUUGCACAACAAUAAAUGUUUUGUCUUAUGUCUC